CCGCCCUGAAGGUUUGGGUCAGUCCUGGCACGUGCACUCGCCCUGCCGAUCCGGACCCUGGCCAGGCCCGAGAUAACGCGGGCAGAAAAGUGCAACUCACGCCAAGCACUCGCUUUGUGCGCAUGCCGCACGCAUAUGAUACAUCUGUGCAGAUUCGCCGGGUUUCUGGCACUUGCAUAUCGCAUGGCGAGUGGUGGACCAACAUCGCACGAGAGACGCACACUCUGGUUCGAUAUGUUCUGAUCCUAUGCGCCGUCUGCUUCUUCCCCUACGGCGUUGGCUCGAAUCCGUCCAUCUCCGAAAGCCAACUGCAGCUGCUGCCGUCGCGCAUCCCUCACCACACCUCCACCAUCCCGCUCUGCCUCUGCGCCCAAUCACCAUGGCCUCCCCGCCGCCGCCCCCACAGCCCACGGACUAUGCGGCCUGGGACACCCCGUCGCUUAUCGCCCGCAUCCACAGCCUCGAGGCCACUCUCUCUGCCGCAAACCCGAACUCGUCUGUUCCUCACCCCACCCCACGCACCCCCGCCUCACCCGACUGACACCACCACGAUGACAGCAAACCCGCAACCACCAAGCCGCGCAAAGCCUCACGGGAUUUCGAUUCCUCGCGCUACUCUACCCGUCUGAUCGCGCUGAAGUUCGCGUACAUCGGCGCACCGUACGGCGGCUAUGAGUACCACGGCAACGACACGGCCCUACCCACCGUCGAGGAAGUGCUCUUCUCUGCGCUGCUGAAGGCGCGGCUCGUGCCCACGCAGCCCGGCCACCCACAGCCCACAUCGCCCGAGGCGUGGCCGGGCG